GGCAGUAGAUAGGCCAGGUUUUUUUCUGGAUUUCCCAUUCAUUUUGAUUGUUGCUCGAUGCUGACAAUUGUGUCGUCGUGAGCUUUACGAUCGGCGUUGCGCGUGUGACGACCUGUAAAAGCAUAGUGCACAUGCUCCGAUCACUUGUCCUGGAUUCGCUAGCCGUGUCGCCGCGCCCUGCAAUACUCUGGCAAUUAUUAUUUCCCUGAACGGCUACCUUUUGGGAGUGACACAAUGUCAUCCGAACCCAGCACCCCCACAGGCCCCGGCGGCUCUCCGGGCCGAUGUCGGCGCGCUCAUGGCGCACACAUUCUCUGUGCUGGCGACGGCGAGGACGACCUGCGUCGCUUCGGCGGCGGCAAGGCCAAGAACAUGUGGAAGCUGAGCAACUUCGGCGGAGGGUGCACGGUACCCGAGUGGUUCUGCCUGUCGACGGUAGCGUUCAAUGCAUUCCUCAAGGAGAACAACAUUGACAAGAUGGUGGAGGAGGCGGACACCUCCGACUUGGAAGCAUUGUCUAAGGCGUUGCACGCACGCAUCAUGUCCGGUGUUAUCAAAGCACCCCUGCUGGAGGACAUUGGCCAGCGCCUCGCUCAUCUUGGGAACGAGCGCUUUGUCGCGGUGCGCUCCAGCGGGGCAGACGAAGACUCGUCGAGUCACUCGUUCGCCGGCCAGUUUGACACGCUGCUGUACCAGCGCGGUCUGGAGCAGGUGAUCGCCGCCAUCAAGCAGUGCUGGUCGUCUUGCUUUGCCGAGCGUGUCAUGCAGCAUCGCCGCGACUGUCAGAUGCCAGUCACUGGAUCUGGAAUGGCCGUCAUUGUCCAGUUGAUGAUCAAUUCCGAUGUGAGCGGUGUUGCAUUCUCCAGGCACCCGCUCAAGCCCCUAUCCGUACCGGCCGUGUACAUUGAGGCCGUCCACGGCAUUGGUGAGGGUCUGGUCAGCGGAGAGCUCGACCCUGAUCAUUAUGAGGUUGCGUUUGACGAGUCAAAGGUCAGCGUGGAGCUUGCAAACAAGGAGGAGAUGUUCAGGCAGCAGGAGGGUGGUGGUGUGGAGAAGGUAGAUGUGCCGGCUGACCAGCAAAAGGCGCGGACGUUGACUGACGAUCAGGCUAAAGAAAUUGCCACCAUCAUGAUGAACCUGGAGAAGUCGACGGGUCACCCACAGGACUUCGAGUGGGCCAUUGAGGAGGGCAAGCUCUAUUGCCUUCAAGUCCGUCCCAUUGUCACGUUACCGCCCCUUGCAUUCUUGGACCGUAGUGCAGCUGGGAAUGCGCCGAUUCUCUGGGACAACUCCAACGUAGUUGAAAGUUACAGUGGAGUAACAACACCUCUGACGUUCUCCUUUGCAUCGCGUGGCUACACACAGGUGUACACACAGACAUUGACAGUCGGUGGUGUACCAGCAGAGGUGAUUGCUAAAUUCAAGCCCUACCUCUCCAACAUGGUCGGUCUGGUGCGCGGUAAUGUCUACUACAAUCUGACCAACUGGUACCGGGCAUUGACCUGUCUUCCGAUAAUCGACACAGCCAAGUUCAUGGAAACUAUGAUGGGAGUUAAACAGUCCCUUGGUCCAGAGCUGCAAGAGAUCAUCAAUGAGAUCGAAGCCAGCAAGCCGGUCUACUCCAUCCUGCAGAAAAUCUCCAUUGUCAGCAACGCGCUGCACAAGAUCUACUCCAUUGACACCCUGGUGGUGAAGUUCUUUGAGUCGUUCAACAAGAUCUAUGAGAAGGCGCUGAGCACCGAUUUCUCCAUGUUGACUUUGCAGCAGCAGAUGGCGUUUGUCGACAUGCUUUUCACCGAUGUCCUCGGCAAAUGGGAAGUUCCCAUCAUCAACGACACGUACGUUAUGAUCUUUUUUGGCCUGCUGAAGAAGCUUGUAGCGAGGUGGAUGGUCAGCGCUGUGGGUGUGGAUGAACACAAGGUCCAGUCACUGCAGAAUGACUUGCUGUGUGGCCAGGGUGAUGUGGAGAGUACAGAGCCUACCAAGAUGCUGAUGAGAAUUGCUGAAUUCGUGGACAAGUCUAAUAGCGACGAUUGUGACCUGAGAGGAUGGCUUCUCAACAAUCCGGAUGAUGUCGUUGCUCAGCUGCACACACUUGGGGCUUCGAACAUUACUGAAACACAAGCCAGUGGCCUACGCCGCAGGAAGGGAGGUGAUGCAGGAUCUGCGGCAGCAACCAAACAGCCCACACUCCAAGAGCUGCAACGCGAGGUCGCCCUGAAGAUUCACGAGUUUCUCCGUCGCUACGGUUUCCGCUGCAUCAACGAGGCAAAGUUUGAGGAGAAGACGCUCCAUGACGACCCGGGGUUCGUUGUGGAUGCCAUUGGUGGCUAUGUCCGGACCCAUAGUUACAGCAUUGCAGCUAUGGAGGAGAGAGAAGCAUCCAUUCGUGACACAGCCAUGGAAGAAGUCCACAAGCACCUGUCCGCGCCGCAACGUCUCCUCUUCAACUGGGUGCUAUCCCAUGCCCGGCGUGGUGUGCGACAUCGUGAAAACACACGCUUUGCACGCAGUAAGUUGUACGGUGUCUUCCGCAGCGUUUUCCGCGCCAUGGGAGAGAACCUUGUCCGCCUCAACAUGCUGGAUGAGCGCAUGGAUGUGUUCUACUUGACUCUACCUGAACUGGAGGACUACUGCUAUGGACGUGCCGCCACCAACAACCUGCGAGGUCUGGUAACGCUCAGGAGGGCAGAGUUCGAUGAUUACGAAUCAGGCCUUGUUCCACCGGAGCGUUUCAUGACACACGGUGCAGCUGGUGCCUACAUGCUGUAUCCCAUGCUGCUUGAUGACCUGGAUCUGCUGGCAAAGCAAGCAGCGGACCACCCGCAGGAGCCCGGAGUAUUCCGUGGCACGCCGUGCUGUCCAGGCGUGGUGGAGGGCGUUCUGAGGGUGGUCAAGACUAUCGAUGAGACGAAGGGUCUGAACGGGGAGAUCCUGGUGACUGCUCGCACUGACCCAGGCUGGGUGCCACUCUAUCCAUUGUGUGCUGGUCUGGCUAUAGAGCGUGGCAGCCUCCUGUCCCAUUCGGCCGUUGUGGCGCGGGAACUUGGCCUUCCAACUAUCGUUGGUGUUUCCAAUCUGAUGAAGAACCUCAAGACUGGAAUGCGUGUCAGACUAGAUGCUGGAAAGGGUGAGCUGCGUGUCCUUGAUGAGGACCCGGCAGCAUCAGCGGCGGAGACAAACGCAGACAAGGCGACCGACGCCUCUGCUCCCGAGAAACCUGAAUCAGACGUGACAGACAGUGCCAUUGCUGCAGGUGACAGCAAAGAGCACAAGGAGUGAACAGUGGCUGGUGGUCUUGACCUGGCGCUGAAUUGCCAGAGCGAGCCGUGGGUCGCGUGAAGCCAGUGCUACCUCCUCUGCAUUCCACUGUAACCGGGUCACAUCGUAUUUGUACUGCACGUGCGUGUUGGCGUGAGCUGUGAAGACACACAUACCAAUGCUGACCACACCGUGCCUUAGCCGCUGUAAGUCAGUCCAACUCAGCCUGACUGAUGCCGCAUGCUGCCAUGUAGCGCUGGGAUACAUUCUGAUCCUUGGUCCAGUGAGUCCAGCAGGCAGACUUUACAACGUACCAGACAUGAAUUCUGCGAGUUAACACUGUUCUAGAAAUACAUCAAGAUCUCAGGAAUUGUGUCCGAGAAGGCACUGUAGAAGACUUAUUCCUCAAUACACCACUUCUAUUAGAAUGCGAUUGAUAAACUGACUACUUUACCAAUGUGUCGUGUAUACACAGUCAUAACUCUCCGGCCUACUUAACCAAUGCUCAGCGUAUGUGUCCCUAGUAUUGGCCCAAAGCAGUCCCGUAGUGGCGCCCUGUGUAGACUAUCAAUAUAGAUCUCAUAGCCUGUAUAAAGGUGUCAAUAGAUGCUGCACGGUCGGCUGCUUGGCUUUACCCAAAUUGUUUAGUACGUACUAGAUGAUGUACUCACUAGGCUGCACUCCCAGCUAACUCAUGACAUGUAAAUGUAAUUCCUAAUUAAGAGGCAUGCACAUCUGUACCGUAGUGGGCAAGAA